AGCGCUCGGCCCGUGUCUGCGCAGGCGCACUGGCGGCCGCUGGGAGCGCUUCCGCCUCCCCGCCGCCGCCGCCGUCGCUAUGGCCGCGCCGGCCUCGGGCCUCAUUUCAGUCUUCUCGAGCCCGCAGGAGCUGGGCGCGUCGCUAGCACAACUAGUAGCGCAGCGGGCCGCGUGCUGCCUCGCGGGGGCCCGCGCCCGCUUCGCGCUCGGCCUGUCAGGCGGCAGCCUGGUCUCCAUGCUGGCCCGCGAGCUGCCCUCCGCCGCCGCCCCUGCCGGCUCCGCCAGCCUCGCGCGCUGGACCGUGGGCUUCUGCGACGAGCGUCUGGUGCCCUUCGAACACGCCGAGAGCACGUACGGCCUCUACCGGACCCACCUCCUCUCUAGGCUGCCCAUUCCUGACAGCCAGGUGAUCACCAUUAACCCCCAGCUGCCUGUAGAGGAAGCAGCCGAGGACUAUGCCAAGAAACUGAGACAGGCCUUCCAGGGGGAUUCCAUCCCAGUUUUUGACUUGCUAAUCCUGGGUGUGGGUCCUGAUGGCCAUACCUGCUCCCUCUUCCCAGACCACCCCCUCCUGCAGGAACGCGAAAAGAUUGUGGCCCCCAUUAGCGAUUCCCCAAAGCCUCCACCACAGCGUGUGACCCUCACACUUCCUGUGCUGAAUGCAGCCCGAACUGUCAUCUUUGUGGCAACUGGAGAAGGCAAGGCCGCUAUUCUGAAGCGCAUUUUGGAGGACAAGGAAGAGAACCCGCUCCCCGCUGCCCUGGUUCAGCCCCACACUGGGAAGCUUUGCUGGUUCCUGGACGAGGCAGCGGCCAGGCUCCUGACUGUGCCCUUCGAGAAGCAUUCCACGUUGUAGCUGUGCCCGAGGGACACCGCCACUGCUGGGACCAAGCACUACCUGUCUGGGCCAGGACCUGCCGGGGCCGGGCCCCGCUGCCACCAUGCUUGGGCUUCUUUUAGAAAAGCCAAGUGGUGCUGCUGGGAGCCAACAGCGGCGGGCAGCCAGUCUGCCCGGGGGCUCAGCCCCAGGGUCCUCACUCCAAACAACCCAGAUAUUAAAAAAAGUAUUUGCUUGAAGUCACUGCUGUCUCUUGGUCCUUGGUGGGAAGUAGGGCCAGGCGACUGGGGUGAGUGGCUGAUCCCGCUGUCCUCGUCCUCCACCUAGGGGUGGACAGUCUGGGGCUGCCACACCACAGUCCUGCCAGCCAAGGAGCCUCAAACUAAAAAUCUAUUUUCUCAUGGUUCUGGAGGCCAGAAUACAAGAUCAAGGUGUGGGCAGGACUGGAUCCUUCUAGAGGCUUCGAGGCGGCAUCCACCCAAGGCCUUUCUUCUGGGUCUGGGUGUUUGGUGGUGGUGGCAGUCCUUGGGUUCCUGGGCUUCUCCACCCCCGCCCCGCACCCCCUCUCUGGAUUGCCUCCAUUUCUGCCUCUCUAUCUCUGUGUAUGUGUCUCAGUGUCUUCUUUGGCUAUAGAAGCACUCAACACAGGAUGACCUCAUCUCAAGAUUCUUAAUUAGUUACAUCUGUAAAAGUGCUUAUUCCAAAUAAGGUCUCUCUCUGAGGCUCUAGGGUUUGGGGUGUGGACAUUAUCUUUUAUGUGUAAAAGAGCAAAAUAAAAUUUGCCAACUUGA